AAGCUGGUCAGCUGAUUGAGCCGGUCACGGGGUUGGACUGCUCGGUCAUCUCCCUGAUAUCAGAGGGUGCAAGUACAUAAACGGAGCAGCGCCUGCACCGGGGAGGGGGUUUAGAUCCUUCCGAGUUUGUCUCCUAUUGACCGCCGCUGUUGCUGCUCCUGCUGCGAGGAUGGGGCUCCGCUGUUUCCUGGUGUUCGCCUCUCUUCUGGCCGCUUCUUCGGCGCUGAUCAGAAUCCCAUUGAAGAAAUUUCCCUCCCAGCGCAGUAUCUAUAAUGAAUAUCAGACUGAUAUCCAAGACCUGACUGAAUUGGGGGAAAUGCUGAAGUACAAAUAUGGGGGUCCCGAUGCACGUACACCUACCCCAGAGGCUUUGAAGAACUACAUGGAUGCACAGUAUUACGGAGAGAUUGGCAUUGGGACACCACCACAGAAAUUUACUGUGGUCUUUGACACUGGAUCAUCCAACCUCUGGGUGCCCUCCGUCCAUUGUCACCUGCUGGAUAUUGCGUGCUUACUGCAUCACAAAUAUGAUUCAUCCAAGUCGAGCACAUAUGUGAAAAACGGUACAGACUUUGCUAUCCAUUAUGGUACUGGGAGCCUGUCAGGAUAUCUCAGCCAAGACACUGUAACGAUUGGUGACAUCUUGGUGAAAAACCAAUUGUUUGGUGAAGCUGUUAGGCAGCCUGGCAUCACAUUCAUUGCUGCCAAGUUUGAUGGCAUCCUUGGCAUGGCAUUCCCUAAGAUCUCUGUGAAGAAAGUGCAACCUUUCUUUGAUAACGUGAUGGAACAAGAACUAUUGGAGAAGAACAUAUUUUCCUUUUAUCUAAACAGAAAUCCAUCAUCAUCACCUGGAGGAGAAUUGCUUCUAGGAGGAACAGACCCACAGUAUUAUACUGGAGAUUUCAACUGGGUGAAUGUUACUCGCAAAGCUUACUGGCAGGUCCACAUGGAUAAGGUUGAGGUUGCCAAUGGCCUGACUGUGUGCAAAGAUGGCUGUGAAGCUAUUAUAGACUCAGGAACGUCUCUUAUUACAGGGCCAACAGAUGAAAUUAAAGAGCUCCAGAAAGCCAUUGGAGCAAAGCCAAUCAUUAAAGGACAGUAUAUGCUGCAAUGUGAUAAGCUGUCUACCCUUCCCACUGUGUCCCUUGUCCUAGGAGGGAAGUCUUAUGAGCUCACUGCAGAUCAGUAUGCCUUGAAAGUCACUGUGCAAGAACAAACACUUUGCCUGAGUGGAUUUUCAGGCUUGGAUGUCCCACCACCUGGUGGCCCUCUCUGGAUCUUGGGCGAUGUCUUCAUGGGCCCCUAUUACACAACGUUUGAUCGGGAUAAUGACUCCGUUGGUUUCGCAAAGUGUUCUGGGAAAGUGUAAAAGCAGCCAAUCACUACCUCCCAGAGUCACUCUGCAAAAUGCACUCACAAACACACUGGAGUUUUGUAUAUUGUGACUUACUAGCAUUAAGAGCAAAUACCAAUAUCGUAUUGAAUUUUCACUGAACAGAAGAUCCUGCUGGUCAAGUAACACAAGGUUGUGCCACUUGCAUAAAUGUCACUGUUGUACAAGCAGAUAUCUCUGUGAAGAAAAUCUUCCCUUCACUAGACAGCCAGAAUACUUGUGCAGGCAUUGUGAAACCAUGUUACUGAGCUGAGAGGACUUUCUGCUCUGAGUAAGCUCAAUAAGAUAUUGGCUAAAAUUAGGAAAGUAUAGAGAACUUUUGAAAAAUAUAAAUGAGGAGGAACAUACAUUUUAAUUUUCUUUUCUUUUUUUUAAUGAAAAAGCUAUUAGACUUUUCAUCAAUCAUUUGCCCCACCCACACAAAUAAAAGGUCCUAGAAAAGUUCUAGUAAAAGAAAGUUAAAUUCAAUUAGCCACAGCAAUGUAUGAACUGUCUCUGUAUCAGGCUACUUGAAACACUAUUCAUUUGUGAUAAUGUUUUUAUUUAGACUAUUAGAAUUAGCUGUUUUUCUCCUAUUCCAUUCCUAAAACCAAACCUUUAAAAAUGUUUCUAGAUGAACUUCCCUAACUAUUUUCCCCCUUUAAGGGAGGUUACAUCUAUAUGUUAGAUUUUUUUUAUCCCAGGUUUGCACUGUUACCAGAUAAGAAAAUAUGCUCAUUCUGUUUAUCAUAUUACAAGCAAUGAAUGCAGCAAAAAAAAGCUGAUUUGCAAGUUUUACAAACCAGACAAAUCCCCCAGUUGAAGAGGGCGAGGGGAGGGACUACAGCUAGUAGAGGAGUAAUAAUCAUGGAAAGGUUGCUUUUAUAACACGAGAGUGGUGUUCUCAAAUUUUAUAGAUGGCCACUUUCUGCACUCUAUUUGGGGAUUAAUGUAGUUUGACAGUGUCUCAUAAAACUCUUUUUGUUUUGCAAACUUUUUGAAUUUCCCUGCCUUGGGGAAUGAUGCAGGAUUUAAAAAAGGAAAAGGAGCUUUGAUGUGGUUUCUUCCAGUUGUUCAAAACCAUGAAGUAUUUCAAGCAGGCUUUUUGGUGUGAUGUUUGACAGAAGGUAGUUUUAAAGAAUCGAUGUAAACAUCGAUGUUUGUUCCUUUACAGACCUAUCUUCCCCCACUCCUUUAAGUCAAGUCUUUAUUACUGUAACACUUUCUGCCAGGACCACUAUAGGUUGUAAAGAAGAAAAGUCUUAAAGUAAAACUUAUCUAGGAAGGUGAACUGAUCUACACUGGUGAACCCUUGCCCGUAGACUUCUACAGCAAGUGUUUCAGGAAGAAAGACUUGCUCUUUGUCCUGAGCUCUAAAUUUGGUCUAGCCUUGCAAGCAACAGGCAUUAAAGAGCUGUUUAGGACAAGGAGAGCAGAUAGGUGAUUGUUACUGGUAGGAAAUGAAUUAGAAUGUUAUUAAUAUUGGCUUGGUGGAUUUCAGCACCUCUUAAAUUAAUCAGCAGUGUCCCAUGAUGCUUGGAUCCAAUCCCAAGGUUGUGAGACAGCAUAGGCAAAAAAAAGAACAAAACUCGAGAUCAGAAGAGCAAAGGCUGCUUGAUAUAAAGCCAGAAGCACUUCACUGAAGAUUUUCUCUGAAACUAGAUGAAAGUCUGGCACAUGAGAGCAAUGUGUUACGAAAUCUUAUGAAUGCAGGGGAAUAGGAGACAUCCAGAACUUCAGUAUCUCUUUAUGACUAUAUUACAUUUACUAAGCACUAUUCUUACCUGCUGGGAUGAAUAUCAUAAAGUAGUGGUUAAGAGACUUUGAAUGCUCCAGGGGAGGUGUGAGAUGGUGCGUACAUCAAAACCCUUUCAGUUAUGUGGCUACAUAGUUGGGUUUGCUAAGAAGGCUCUGCCAUUUACAUCAUGGUGUUUGUGGAAGAUAUAGACAUGUCCUUAAUUGAAAGGUAUUGAUAAACUAUAGCAUGCUAUGAGUUAGCUUGGAUGCAUAUGUUCCUCUGAACUCUCUGGUUACUGCUGCUCUCUUCUAAUGGUCUUCAGUUCUGAAUUAGUAAACCAACACCAAUGAAUAGCCUUUCAUUACAAAUAUCAAAAGCAAAUCAAUAUUCAAGGAGCCUUCCUGGCAAACUUAUUCUUGGAGAGAGAAAAUGCAUAGGAAGUGUCUUCAAACUUCUUUUCAAGAGGGAUUAACAUGAUCUUUCUCUGAGACAUAUUUUGCCUUCCUGAACACCAUAAAAUAAAAUGAAUGCCAUGUAAUUAAAAACUAUCUUGUUAAAACUGAAUGAUGGAUUGGCUUGUACCACUAUGCAUUACAAAUUUCAAGUGGAAAUUGUUAACAUAGCCUAAGCCUGGCUGUCUUAAAAGACAUGGCACAGCACAAAUUCUGAAGGACGAGAGUAAAUUACUGCAAACUCUUGGAAGGUGUUCCUUAAAUAGAAGUAUCUGUUUAUUUGGAAUGCAAAUUUGGCUGCUAGUUCUGUUUGCAAGUUUGCCUGUUUUUCCUGCUUUUUCUAAAUACAUGAACACAAUUACAGUUUCUCCUGUUGGAGAAAUGAAAUUUGCUGUCAUGGUUCUUCUCAACUUGUUACAGAAACAUUAAAAAAAUAAAUAUCGUGUUCUCCCCCAAAUCUUA